AAAAUUAACCUAUUAAAAUCCGUAUAUAGCGAUCGUUUAAAAAAAAAGUUCACUGGCUGUUAAGGUUAAAAGUAGUUUCGUAGUACACAUCGGCAGUAUACAUCAGGUUUCCAAACGUUACAUGAUCUGUGCGACUGGCCGGUUAGAGACGUGUCUCAAGGAUGCCGAGUAAAGUGAUCGAGCAGCGGCCGUUGGAUGAAGAGUAUGAAAAAACCGGCGUCAGUCCAUCAGACAUCGCGGCUCUGAGACAAUGGCUGAAAACCCAGCCCCAUCUACCGGAUAAAUACAUCACUGAUAUGGAACUCAUCCUGGCGUACCACAGCUGCUACAAAAGUUCGGAAGUAUCCAAACAGGUUAUUGAUCUACAUUACACUUUGAGGACGCUCUUCACAAAUCUCUUCCACAACAGACUCGUCGAUGACAGCUUCAUCAGGACUAUGAACGUCAUUCUGGGUUUCCCCAUCGAGACGAGAACGUCCAAAGACUACAAGGUCGUCUACUUUAGGCUCAUUGACUACGAUGCGAAGAAUUUUAUUUUCUCUGAAGCAGUUAGGGCGGCUAUAAUGCUUAUAGACUUGAUGCAGUACGAGGAUGGGGCGUGGAAAGGGUUCGUCAUUAUAAUAGACCUAAACCGCGUCACUCUGGGCCACAUCGCUAGACUAGACCUGCAAACUAUACAGCAGCUGCUAUAUUACUUACAGGAAGCGAUGCUAGUGAGGCUGAAAGGUCUACACUUCCUGAACGCUCCGUCUUUCAUGGAUCGCCUGAUGAUGCUGCUGCGGCCGUUCAUGAAGAAGGAGCUCAUGGAAAUGCUCAAGAUACACCAGGUCGGAGCCACGACCCUCGAAGAAACGAUCCCCAUAGACGCCCUGCCGAAAGAAGCCGGCGGAAAGAGUAACAGCUUCCAAGAAAUCAAAAACGAAAUAAUUGACAAGUUAAUAGCCAAUAAAAACUUCUUCGUCGACGAAAACAAGCGGAGAGUGACAGAGUCAUUGCGCCCUGGGAAGCCGAAGACAAUAACUGAUAUAUUUGGCGGAAUCGAAGGAUCGUUUAAGAAACUCGACAUAGAUUAAUUAAUUUACGAUAAAUAGCUUGUAUUAUAAUAAAAUGGGAAUUAUUUUUUUUUUUUA